GGUUCGGUACGACAAUGUGGGCUAGAAAAGUUAACAUCACUGCCACCGCCGCCACUGCACUGAGUUCACUCCACUCAGGGUUACGUACUCCGUUCCGAACUUCCGUUGGCGCUGGAACAUUGCAGUAAGACAGACAGGAGCAGGGAACUGCAGCAGAGAUGGCUUCCACCAAGGGUCAGGUUAUCAAGUGCAAGGCUGCAGUGGCUUGGGAGAGCAAGAAGCCUCUUACCAUUGAGGAUGUAGAGGUAGCUCCUCCCAAGGGAGGAGAAGUCCGCAUCAAGGUACUGGCCACAGGAGUCUGUCACACUGAUUCUUACACACUGGAUGGCCAUGAUCCAGAGGGAUUGUUCCCCGUCAUCUUAGGUCAUGAGGGUGGUGGCAUAGUGGAGAGCGUGGGUGAAGGUGUCACUUCAGUCAAGGAAGGUGACCAUGUGGUACCACUCUACAUCCCUCAAUGCUAUGACUGUAAGUUCUGCAAGUCACCCAAGACCAAUCUUUGCAGCAAGAUCAGGGCCACACAGGGCAAGGGAGUGAUGCCUGAUGGUACUUCGCGUUUUACCUGCAAGGGCAAGCAGCUCUACCACUUCAUGGGCUGUUCCACCUUUGCUCAGUACACUGUGGUGUGUGAGAUAUCUAUUGCUAAGGUGAACAAAGCAGCCCCAUUAGACAAGGUGUGUCUCUUGGGAUGUGGGCUCAGUACUGGCUAUGGUGCAGCUCUCAACACUGCCAAAGUAGAAGCUGGGUCAACUUGUGCAGUCUUUGGUCUGGGAGCUGUUGGCCUUGCAGUUGCCAUGGGGUGUCGCCGGGCUGGAGCUAAACGGAUCAUUGGUGUUGAUAUCAAUCCCAGCAAAUUUGAAACUGCCAAGACAUUUGGCUGCACAGAGUUUGUCAAUCCAAAGGAUCAUGAACGUCCCAUCCAAGAAGUGUUGGUGGAACUGACAGAUGGUGGCUGUGACUACACCUUUGAAUGCAUUGGAAGUGUGGAGAUCAUGCGAGCAGCCUUGGAGGCAUGUCACAAGGGUUGGGGAGAAAGUGUCAUCAUUGGAGUUGCUGCUGCUGGGAAAGAGAUUUCCACACGACCUUUCCAGUUGGUGACCGGUAGAGUGUGGAAGGGCUCAGCCUUUGGAGGUUGGAAGUCCCGUGACAGUGUGCCAAAGUUGGUGGAUGAUUAUAUGAACAAGCAGCUCAUGGUGGACGAGUUUGUGACCUUCACCAAACCCAUGGUAGAGAUCAAUGAAGCUUUCCAGCUGAUGCACGAAGGAAAGGCCUUGCGCUCUGUUGUCAUGAUGGAGUAACACUGGCUGGUUUGAUCCAAAAUAUCACUCAUUCAAGGACAGUUAAUUGUUCCUUAAAGAGUGCAUAUAUUUUUCAAUUAUCAGUUUUCAUAUAUUGCAAUUAUGUAGGUAUCAGUAGUUUUUUAUACUACAUUUGUAUUUACCUAGUUUCCACUUGUAACUUUUCCUCUUCAGUCAUUAUUUUUAUUUUCUUUAGACUACUAUGAUGGAUUUGCACUUUGAAAUUCAAUAGAAAAUUCUAAUUACAGUUUACAGGAAUUGACUUCGCAAUUUUAAAAAGUUGAAAUUG